AUGGUAGGCUUCGAUUCGAAUCCCCUACCCCAAACCCAACAGCAGAAGCAGACUAUUACUGUCUUCUUCAACAAAGAUGAGGAAGUAGAAGUAAGCAGUGACGAGGAAGGUUUUAGGGGUGCAUGGUAUGUGGCUACCAUUUUAGAAUUCCCAACACCACAUCAAAUGUCAAAAUCAGCUUCCAAGAAGAAAAAGAAAGCGGUUGUUCAGUAUAAAACUUUGGUUACGGAAGAUGGGUCUGCUCCUUUGGUAGAACAAGUCGACCCUCAUCUCAUUAGGCCUUUGCCUCCUCAAGAUUUACUGAAAAAUGGUGGGGUUUUUCAAGAAAACGAAGCCAUUGAUGCAUCUCUCAGAGAUGGCUGGUGGUCUGGUAUUGUAAAAAAGGUUCUUGAUGGGGGUUCAAGAUAUAUGGUUUAUUUUGAUAACCCACCUGAUGUUCUUCCGUUUGCUGCCAAAGAUUUAAGGCUUCAUUUAGAUUGGGUUGAUGGCAUCUGGGUCCGACCCGAAAUGCAGCAGCAAGCUACAGGGUCGGUUUUUAGCUCAGGGACAGAAGUAGAAGUGAACCUUGAAAAAGAUAAUGUACGUGAUAUUUGGUUGCCUGCAGUUGUCAUCAAAGAAAACGAGGAUAACACUUUCUUGGUGAAGUGUGAAAGCUCACGGAAUAGUGAUGAGGUUGGAACAAUGAAAACAGUUUUGCUGGAAAGGGUAGAUACGCGAUAUGGAUUUGGUUGGAGAUCUGGAGUAAUUACAAAACUUCUUGCUGGGAGGAGAUACAAUGUCUUUUUUAAGCAGGGAAAUGAGGACAGGGAACUUAGUCAAUCAAAGAUAAGGCCUCAUCUGGAAUGGGUUGAUGGAAAAUGGAUUAGUAAAUCAAAGAUUUGUUCCUAUGGGUGGAAAGAUGUUGAUCAUUCCCCAACAGAAGUUAGAAUUGUUUCUGAUAGUCAAGGACGGAUUGGUGGCACCAACAAUAAUAACAAACCUGAUGUGACAGUACAACACAAAAGCUCAAGUGCUGCUGAGGAUAAGACCAAAGAGAAAACAGUUUCCACAAAUGUAAGGAAUCCAGCUGAGCAGUCAACUCAUUCGGGUGAAAAAUCAGCGAAGAAGCUAAAGCUGACACUUUAUAAUGGUAGUGGCAUGCAUUCAAGCCCUUCCAGUACGCUAACUGAAGUAGAUGCUAUUGAGGCCCCGUUAUCAAUUCCAGCACUGCAAUCUAGGAAGAUCCCAAUUGAAAUGUCAAGUAACGAAAUACUAUGUGGUUUUACCUCUUCAAAAACAGGGGGUAAAAGAACAAGAUGCAUAGAAAAACCUGUGGUUGGUGCUCAGCCUUCUGUCAACUCCGAAAAUUCUUCUGCAGGAAAGACAACUAUACAGAAGACUAAGCAACAGAAAGUGCUUGAUUUGGACUGCCAGAAAGUGGACAUUGUAACGAGGAAAGGGAGAGUCACCAAAUCACCAUUUAGAAGUCCAAAUGCUUCAGCAGCAGUGAAGGAUGGCAAUGCAGUGGAAGUUGCUGUUCAAGGCAUCAGUGAGAUUGACGUUAAAGCAAAAGAAAUUGAAGUUCCUCUUAUCAUAGGGUUAAAAGCUUUAGAGGGCAUUUAUCAGGAUGACAAGGAACCGCUGAAGCUUCUGAGGGAUCAGAAGAAGAGUUUGAAUGAUUCAGCAAAAGACAAGAACUCGAUGGCACCAGCUCUCAUGUUUGUUCUUUUUGGUGCAGGAACAUGUAGGAAGCAGUCAAAGGAGAAAGAGGGGAAGACCGCGCAAAUUAAUCAUAAACUCAAAGGCUUUGGUAAGGAGGACCUUGGCUCUGGAGACAUUGCUGAUGAAGUUGUACAAGUGAUUGUGAAAGAUCUUACUAGUAAUGAAGUUGAGUGGCCGAUACAGACAAGGGUGGAGCCUAAAGGUAUGGAGGGCUUCAAACCUGAAGAGAAAAGCAGUGAAGUUUCCAAGACAGAUUUCAUGUCAAGGGAAGUUGAGACGGCUGUUACUGCUGCAUCGAAGAAAGUGGCGGAUGAUGAUCAACCUCUAUCAACCUGGUUUGCGGGAAUGCAUGCAUCUACAAGUCUUGAAGAAUUAAGAUCAUCUACCAAUAGGGCUGCAAGUGGAGGGAGUGAGGCUAGAGAAAGACAAGUUGUAGCAGUGGAAUCUUGUACAGCAGAUGCAGAAGGCAAUGACCCGCCGGUGGAAAAUCAGUCGGUACCUUUUGUAAAGAGGUCUCCAGUUUGGAGCACGAUUGAAUCUAUGGAAGUAUUCCAAAUCAUCCCGCAAAAACCGCAUUUUCAUCCUUUGACUGAAUGUAAAGAAGAGUAUCGUGAAGGAUCAGCCAUUGGUAUUAUGGUAACAUUUGCUAGUUUGUGUGAGAAGAUAUCUUCGCUUCAAUUUGAUGAUUUUAGAAGCAUAUUAGAGAGUACAUUGGAAAGUCUUCUUGACUUGGAGAAGCAUGGAUUUGAUAUCACUGUGCCACGCGGUAGGUUGAAUGAAUUGCUUUCAAUUAAAGAUGGGCAAGGGAAGGUACUAAAUGAGUAUAAAGAUACUGAAGGGAAAAUACGAGUGCAUACUGAUGAGAAAAGUAAGCUGGAAGAGAAGAUGAACGAUAUUGAAAAGAAGAUAGCCGAGCUUCAGGAAGAACUUGCCUUAACCAAGGCAAAGAUGGAGGUUAAGGACCUUGAUCUUUCCAAGUUGCAAUCCCAUGCUGAAGCCAUAAAUGAACGGAUUAGAAAUGCCCGGGAUCAUUUUGUAAAAGUAGCCUCUGCCGCAUGGAAAUCUCCCUGA